AUGGAUCUUUCAGCACUCAAGCUGUUGGCCAUCUUUCUGGGCUCAACCUUGGCCAUUGUUCCUACACAACCCAUCGUCUCAUCAUCACUACCCCAAUCCACAAUUGAGCCAGACUUUACUGCAAUAAUAGCGGCACAAGCAACUCAGCAACCAAUUUCUCCUAUUUCUAACGUUGGUGGCGAGGUAUUCAGCAGGUUUGUCCAAAUAUGGCUCGAGAAUAUGGAUUACAAGGAAGCUACCAGUGACCCCAAUUUUCAAUGGCUUGCUGCGCAAGGCAUAACACUCACUAAUUACUGGGGAGUAACACAUCCUUCUCAACCAAACUAUUGUGCAGUUGUUGGAGGUGACACAUUCGGCAUGGAUGGAGACGGAUUCAUUAGAAUUCCGGCCAACAUAUCGACUGUUGUAGACUUACUCGACACUAAAGGAAUUUCUUGGGGCGAAUACCAAGAAGAUAUACCAUAUGCUGGCUUUGAGGGAUGGAAUUUCUCAAAAACCGACCCAUUCCAAGAAGAUUAUGUACGCAAACAUAACCCAUUGGUGAUGUUUGAUUCAGUCACUAGCAACGCUACUAGGCUUGCUUUGAUCAAAAGCUUUAAAUCGUUUGAAUCAGAUUUGGCAAACGAGACUCUACCACAGUGGUCUUUUAUCACACCGAAUAUGACAAACAAUGGCCACGAUACCAAUGAUACUGUAGCUGGAAACUGGUCCCGUACGUUCCUUGAACCUUUACUUACCAAUGAUUAUUUCAUGAACGAUACCUUGGUUGUACUCACAUGGGAUGAGAAUGACGAAGAGGAUGAGGAAAACAAGAUGUUUGCUAUCCUUCUUGGUGGUGCUAUUCCUUCUUCCUUCAAAAACACUAGCGAUGAUACAUUCUACAACCACUAUAGUAUGCUUUCAACCAUAGAGCUUAAUUGGGGACUCCCUUCUCUUGGCCGCUGGGACUGUGGUGCAAACGUUCUUGGUAUUGUCGCCAGCAAAGCAGGAUACGAUAACUAUGCCGUCAAUACCACUAAGUUGCUUUUCAAUUCAUCAUACCCAGGUCCUCUAUCAGUAGAUAGGUUUGAUCCAGUCUGGCCUUUACCUGAUACGAAAGCAAGUUGUGGCUCAGGCCAGGGAGUCUUGAAAAAAAUCGUUGAUGGAUGGGGCAAAUCUGAUGGCACAUACAACUAUACCGACUCAUAUCCAUAUGAUGAUGUCAGUGGUGAUAACACAGGGGGUGAAGCGAGUCCAGUAACUACGACAUCUUUGCCAUCGGCCACAGCUCCUGUAAUUGCACCUCUCCCUUCAAAGAAAUCAGAGGCUAUGGAUUUGCAGUAUGGUGGAAGUAGCUCCGUUGCCUUGAUGAUGGGAUUUGUGUUUGUACUGUUGAUAGGUUGA